AUGGCGGAGGCGGUGGUGGAGCUGCUGGAGCGGGCGGCCCGGCGGGACACGCCGCUGGAGGAGCUGCGGGCCUUGCGGCUCGCCGUGCAAGCCGUUCCGCCUGCAGCCCUCCGCGCCUGCCUCAGCGACGAUCACCUGGGAGCGCUCUUCGCCCUGCUGAGCGUUAAUGACCGGGAGCAAGUGUCUGCGUGUGUUUCCAUCCUGGAGAGGCUCCUGCAGGCCCUGGACCCGGUCUAUGUGAUCCAGAACCUCAGAGAAGAACUUCAGAAAGGGCUUUUCCACCCCGACGACUCUGUGAAGAUCCUCACCAUAUGUCAGGUUGGGAGGAUUGUUGAAAAUUCAGAGGCUGUUACUGAAAUUCUCAACAGUCCUGAACUGUUACGGCAAAUAAUAAAUUGCAUUGGUGGAGAGAAAAUAGCAGUGGCUAAAGAGGCCAUCAAGUCUCUCUCAAGAAUAGCACAGACUCAAGAAGGUUUAGAGGCUUUGUUUGUGAGCAGUCUGUUGAGUGACUUGAAAAAUGUCAUGGCAACAAGUGACAUCGUUCGAUACAGAGUUUAUGAGUUAAUUGUUGAGAUUUCUUCGGUGUCAGCAGAGUCACUGAAUUACUGUGCAAACAGUGGCUUAAUAUCAGAGUUAAUUGGAGAGCUGACUGGAGAUGAUGUGCUGGUCAGAGCUACAUGUAUAGAGAUGGUGACCUCGCUGGCCCACACUCCCCAUGGCCGUCAGUAUCUCGCUCAGCAAGGAGUUAUUGAUAAGAUUUCAAACAUCAUCGUUGGUGCAGAGUCUGAUCCUUUCUCAGGCUUCUAUUUACCAGGGUUUGUUAAGUUCUUUGGAAAUCUGGCUGUUGUAGACAGUCCACAACAGAUCUGUGAACGCUACCCUGUCUUUGUGGAAAAAGUCUUUGACAUGGCAGAGAGUCAUGAUCCAACCAUGAUCGGAGUGGCUGUGGACACGCUUGGAAUCCUGGGAUCAAAUGUGGAAGGCAAACAGGUUUUACAGAAAACCAGAAGUAGAUUCCAAAAUCUGUUAACCAAAAUAGGACAUCAGGCCAAGAAUGCCCCCACGGAGUUACGGCUGCGGUGCUUGGAUGCAAUUUCUUCUCUUCUUUACUUGCCUCCAGAGCAGCAGACAGAAGACCUUCUAAGAAUGACUGAAUCAUGGUUUGCAUCCUUGUCUAGCCAGCCUUUGGAACUCUUCAGGAGCAUCAGUACUCAGCCAUUCCCUGAUCUGCACUGUGGGGCUUUACGGGUGUUCACAGCUAUUGCAAACCAACCAUGGGCCCAGAAGCUGAUGCUUGACAGUCCAGGGUUCGUGGAGUACAUUGUAGACAGAUCUGUGGAGCCUGACAAAGCUUCAAAGGAUGCCAAAUACGAACUGGUGAAGGCCCUUGUGAACUCCAAAACCAUCGCGGAAGUCUUUGGCAAUCAAUAUUACUUGAGGCUCAGGGCUUACUUGCGGGAGGGCCCUUACUAUGUCAAGGCAGUUUCUACUACAGCUGUGGAAGGAGCAGAAUAAUGUCACUGAUGUCUGGGUUCCCCUUCCUGCAAACCAUGUUGCUGAAAUAAGUGUUAAGAUAUAAGGUGUAAAGACUCCCCAUGCUGGAGUCUCUUUGAAUUGUCUCUUCAAAGGAUUGUGAAGCACUUGGACUCUGAAACGAGUCAUGAGAGCAAAUCAAACCCUAUAGGGCACAGCCUAUUUUCCCAUAGAAUGCCAUGGCAGAAGGUCUCUGUGUGUUCUCAUAAGACAAGUCACCAAGAUGAGCACCCUGUCAGCUGCUCACUGUCUUACUCUGCAGAAUUAAUCAGUGUUUAGGUAAACUGUUGUUGGGUUUGGAGUUCCUAUCUUGUUUCUUCAGCAGAUCACAAUUCAAUUAAAAAACCCAAACAUCAAAACUCUGAGGUUUGUAAUCUUAGAUGCUGCCAUAGUUUCUCUAUUUUUUUUUUUCUUAUAUCUGCUGAAGUAGGCUCUUACAUGGAGCAUUUAGCCUGUCAUGUUCUGUCAGAUACCCUGUUGGUAGCAGUAAGCUAGUGACAUUCUGUCCACAGGAGGGAGCACAAACUG